CCUCCAAUCUCUGCAGAGGCCGGGGCUGUGGAGAGAUCGGCAGUCUUGGCGGCCGGCGGGUCAGUGGCGCGCUGAGGUAGAGACGCGGGAGCUGGUGCUGCUCGCGAGGAGGCGCGCCCGCGGGAAGGAGCGAGCCAGCUGGUUCCGGUCUGAGGAGACCCUGAAAAAAGGGGGAACCGAGAGGACGUCGGAAGGGGAAGAUGCCUGGUACGGACCUUCUGAUGUUGAAGGCCUUUGAGCCUUACUUUGAGAUUUUGGAAGCGUAUUCAACAAAAGCCAAGAAUUAUGUAAAUGGAUAUUGCACCAAAUAUGAACCUUGGCAGCUGAUUGCAUGGAGUGUCCUGUGGACCCUACUGAUAGUCUGGACGUAUGGGUUCAUUUUCCAGCCAGAGAGCUUAUGGUCAAGGUUUAAAAAGAAGUUUUUUAAGCUCGUAAGGAAGAUGCCCUUUGUUGGUAAAAAGAUUCAGAGCAAGUUGACAGAGAUCAAAGAAGACCUUGGGAAGCACUUGCAGUACCUGAAAGUGGAUAAAGACUAUGUGAAAGCUCUGCCGGCCCAGGGUUUAAGCACAACGGCAGUCCUAGAGAAACUCAAGGAGUAUAGUGCCACAGAUGGUGUCUGGCAAGAAGGGAAGGCCUCGGGAGCUGUGUACAGUGGGGAGGAGAAGCUCACAGAGCUGCUCGUGCAGGCUUAUGGAACUUUUGCGUGGAGUAACCCACUGCAUCCAGAUAUUUUCCCAGGACUACGUAAAUUAGAGGCAGAAAUUGUGAGGAUGGCGUGUUCCUUGUUCAAUGGAGGACCAGAUUCUUGUGGAUGUGUGACCUCUGGGGGGACAGAAAGCAUCCUUAUGGCCUGCAAAGCUUAUCGGGACCUGGCAUUAGAGAAGGGGAUCAAAACUCCAGAAAUAGUGGCUCCCGUAAGUGCCCAUGCUGCAUUCGACAAAGCAGCCCGUUACUUUGGGAUGAAGAUGGUCCGGGUCCCUCUGAACAAGAUGAUGGAGGUGGACGUGCGGGCAAUGAGAAGAGCCAUCUCCAGGAACACUGCUAUGCUCGUCUGCUCUGCGCCACAGUUUCCUCAUGGUGUGAUAGAUCCUAUCCCGGAAGUAGCCAAGCUGGCCGUCAAAUACAAAAUACCUCUCCAUGUAGAUGCUUGUCUGGGGGGUUUCCUCAUUGUCUUUAUGGAGAAAGCGGGAUAUCCACUGGAGAAACCUUUCGAUUUCCGGGUAAAAGGUGUGACCAGCAUUUCAGCCGAUACCCAUAAGUAUGGCUACGCCCCCAAAGGCUCAUCAGUGGUGUUGUACAGUGACAAGAAAUACAGGAAGUACCAGUUCUUCAUUAGCACAGAUUGGCCGGGUGGCAUCUACGCUUCACCAACCAUUGCAGGCUCCAGGCCAGGUGGCAUCAUUGCAGCUUGUUGGGCCACCUUGAUGCACUUCGGUGAGAGUGGUUAUGUUGAAGCUACCAAACAGAUCAUCAAAACUGCUCGCUUCCUGAGAUCUGAACUGGAAAAUAUCAAAGGCAUCUUCAUUUUUGGGAAUCCUCAGGUGUCGGUCAUUUCGCUGGGCUCCCAUGAUUUUGACAUCUACCGGCUAUCUAACUUGAUGACUGCUAAGGGGUGGAGCUUGAACCAGUUGCAGUUCCCACCCAGCAUUCAUAUCUGCAUCACAUUAGUACAUACACGGAAGCGAGUAGCGACCCAGUUCUUAAAGGAUGUCCGGGAAUCUGUCACCCAGAUCAUGAAGAAUUGUAAAGCAAAGGUCACAGGAAUGGGUGCCAUCUAUGGCAUGUCCCAGGCAAUCGUUGACAGGGACCUGGUUGCGGAAAUCUCUUCAGUCUACUUGGACAGCUUGUACAGUACGGACGCUGUGACCCAGGGCAGCCAGAUGAAUGGUUCUCCAAAACCCCGCUGAGCUGGGGCUUUUUCUAGUUCCAGAGGACUCCUGGCCUUCAGAAUGUUCUCUGGGUAUGGAAUAGGCCACCCACAACUUCAACAUUCAGUCUUGCUCCACAGAGCACAAAGAUAGGCCACAAGACAGCUCGAGCCUCCGGAUUCUUGUUCCUCCUUUUGUUACCUUUUGUGGUUUUAAAUUUGAAGACUGAAGGAUUUUACUGUAUAAUGAACCUACCCUUGUUAUAAAUGUAGUGGUAGGAAUUGUCUUAACCAUUUCCUUCUUUAACUUCUCUAGUUUUUUUCUUCACUUAAUCAUUGUGUGGUGGCUCUGACCUGGAGGGAAGCUCUGAGAUCACAGAGGGUUUGUUACCCAGGCAGAGGCUUUAGCUAGCCAUGCGGGAAGCACGUAUGUAACCGUGCUUCCCAGGCGAGUGUUUGGUGCAUCCCAGGUGGGAGGCUUUUUCAGCCCUGUGCUUAGAGUAGGUCAGAUGUCUCUGGUAGAGUCACUUUCACUGCGACUUGCUCUGUUUUUCCAGGGCACAGAUUGGCCGUGUUGUACUCUGUGAUGUGAGGGAGCCGGUCCACUCGGUAGCCCCUGGCAGGGGUUACAGUGCUCCACUGGUCCUCCUCUGUGCUUGCAAAGCCCCAUUGGAUGCUCAGUUGCCACUGUCUUUGGAGAUGCUUAUUUGAGGUGAUGCUCCCAUUUCCUUGUUUCUAUAGAAUAGGACAAGAACAUGGUUGUCAGAGAAUCUAGGACUUCCCGCCUGUGGUGCUGCCUCCUUGAAUUGGGCAGUGGUGAGAGCACACCUAGCCCUCUCCUGGACUUACAGUGAACAGACACCAGACCUUUUGUGUACGACCUGAAUGUCAGCGUCGGUGAGCGUCCAGUUUCAAUUCUGUGUCACCAGAGUUGGUGGCAGAACUUUGCUUCUUCCCAUUGCCUUAAGCCUUAAGUCACGGGCUGAGCGUGAGUUCUCUGAAGGGAGAGCUCAGAGCACCUCCACAAGUUGCCUUCACUUACCCUAGGUGGGUAUGAGGAGAGUGCAGGGAACAUUUUCCCGCAUUUGUGUGUUCUUGCCCAUUUCCCUUUGCUCGGCUUCCAAAGGUACUUUGGCAGUUCACUCUCAGGCUGCACACUGCUCAGCCCCAGCUAAAAGGGAGCAGUGCAGGAUUAGCUAAACAUUUGCAAAUUGGCUAGUAUGGCAGCGAGCAGACCCUGGCCCCAGUUGCUCAGGGACAGGACAAAAUGCUGCACCCACUUCCUACUCUCUUCUCCAUUUCUGGGGGCCCUGAUCUAGGCCGAGCCACUGUCCCGCUCCAGUGACAUACCGUGUGCCUUUCUCCCCACAGUGAGCUUCCGGGUCCGGCCCCAGGGGAAGUGGACCAGACUUUAAGGUCUCUGUGUAAUUGGAGAGAACUUAGAACAAGUGAGGAGGAACUUUGCUCCCUUCCCCUUCUCAGGGACUCCUGAAUAUGCAGCCUCUGCAGACUCUGCCGUCUGGCCCCUCAGUGGGAAUGCUGGCUGGAAGCACCACGGCCACCAGGCUUUCCCUGAGGGCCACGCCCCUGCAGAGCUUGUGUGGUACGUGCAUGCAUAUAUGCAGCCCUCCUGUUCACUCUGCACUGUGUUGUGGGGCUCAACAUAUCAACUGGGGACAGUUGAUAUGUGUAUAUGUCAGGGAGGGGCAGAGACCUUUAGAACACAGGACUCAUGCUUCCUUCGGUUUCUGGACUGGCAGGUACCUCCUCAAGAGAGAAUCUGCCAUCUAAGCUGUGAAGCAGUUGUCUCUGGUCUCCAGUGCAUCAUGUUGGAGGAGGCCCAGAGACCCAGAGCCCUCGCAGGUACUGCUGUGGCUGCGGCGGCUAAAAUAGAAGCCUGUGCCCUGCAGUCUCCCCAGGACCAGCCCUGAGCCGCUUCUUUCCUUCCUCUGUGCUGUGAGCGAAUUAGUGCCAGGUGCUGAUGGUGUUUUAAAAGGGACCUACAGUAGACGCUUUUAUCUCUGAUUAAGAGCCUUGGUUUGAUUUAAUGCUUUUGUAGGCUUUUACUUUUGUAUGUAUUUGUGUGUGAAAGCACAAAGUCCCUGUUUUGUGGCAGAUAGGUAGGGUGUCUUAAUGGUAUCAUGUUGCUAGCAGAUGUCAGAUUGGCCUCUGCACCCCAUUUUAUACUUGGAAAAUGGUACUUGACUCUCUUCAGUCUUUUCUCUAACUUCUCCCUCCCUGUCUGCAUGCUCCUUUCCUAAUUGCAGCAAUAAUCUCUUAAAUAGCAAUUAAAUAAUUAAAUAUCCCAAACUGUACUGGCUGUGGAUGAUUGCAUUCAUUUACUUGGGCUGCUGAUGAAAGAUCGCCCCCUGCUGGGGAAAUCGUUGUGUGUGAGCAUUGAUGCCAGGGCCAAGAGACCCAAGCCGUCUUCAAUCUAGCUAAUCUCCAAGCAUGUUAGUAGAUAGCUGAUCAAUCCCUCUCCACCAGGAGUGGUCACUGUGGCUAUUUUGGGGCAGACUGGAAUUCAGGGCCUUAGUUUCCCAGAAAAAUGGCCCUGUCUUAUGUUUUCUGCCAUCUUCUGCUUUAACUUACUGAUGGAGUAAGCCAUCUGGGUGGUCUUUGGCCAGCAUGGGAUGUGGCUCUCUCUGACCAAAGGACACACUGCCUUCAAGCAUAGUAUAUGGGUGGGGCCUGGGAGAGCGCCUCAGAUGAUCUUCACAUGCAUAACUGCUGGGUAUCUUGUUUCAUUCUGAAUAAGAAAGCAGAGGCUCCCCACACAGUUAGUCAGGAUCUGAGAGCUGCCAUGCAGGUAACUGUCUUUUCAUUCUGGCUUUCAGCCCUUUCAGGGUUUUCUAGAAAGAAGGCAAGGAAUGAUGUCUUUGCUGUGUUUCCUGUCAAAUGGCUUGGUGCCCUGAGCACCUGCACACCCUGAGAAAGAGAGGCCAGCAUGUGCUCGCACUGGGAGGCUGGGCUGGGCUGACCUGACAGGUAGCCCUUGAGGUGCUGGUGCUGCCCCUUCUGCUGUAAGCCCCUUUGCUUUCUCUGUGGGCUCUUAGCACCACUGAGCAGUGUUUCCCUGGACCCAGCUUGACAGAAGUGAUGACGGACACCUCAUUUAAUAGCCACCAGCUCUACUGCAAGUGGGCAAGUCAGGCUUGGACUGCCUUUCCUUGAUUUGAAGCCUUACUUCAACUACUUCCAUUUAAGGUUUUGUCCCUGUUAUAGUAUCCUCUCUACUUAAUAUCUUCCCUAAUAAUUGCAGUUACUUGGAUCACUUUUAGAAUAAAGCUGUUUAUUUUUGAAAA